UUAGCUCGCCACGGCGAUGCCUUGCACUCUUCGGCUGCCCCGGUGACCGGAGGCCGCCGGUUGCCCCGCACGGGUGGCAGAGCUUCCAGCCCCGGCCUUUUCCGGAGCCCGCGGCCCAUCCCGGUUCCCCCCUUCCUGGCCGGGUGGUUGCGCCCCGGCGAGGCCGGACAAGCCGGGGGGCAGGUGCCAGCCGAAGAUGGCGUUUCCCGGGCAGCCGGCGCCCGGCGGCGGGUUCUACCAGGGCGGGUACGGAGGAGCUCCGGGAGGACCAGCAUUCCCUGGACAAGCUCAGGACCCUUUGUAUGGUUAUUUUGCUGCAGUAGCAGGGCAGGAUGGACACAUAGAUGCUGAUGAGCUGCAGAGAUGUCUCACCCAGUCAGGGAUUGCAGGAGCGUACAAACCUUUCAACUUAGAGACUUGCAGACUCAUGAUCUCAAUGCUGGAUAGGGAUAUGUCUGGCACACUGGGAUUUAAUGAGUUUAAAGAACUCUGGGCUGUGGUCAACGGCUGGAAGCAACACUUCCUAAGCUUUGACAAUGACAGAAGUGGAACAGUGGAUCGUCAAGAACUGGAGAAAGCCUUGAUGAAUAUGGGCUUUAGACUGAGCCCACAGGCAGUGACUGCGAUCACAAAGCGAUACAGCACUCAAGGGAAGAUCACGUUUGAUGAUUACAUUGCCUGCUGUGUGAAACUCAGAGCUCUUACUGAAUGUUUUAGAAGCAGGGAUGCAACUCAGCAGGGUUUUGUGAACUUCCAGUAUGAUGACUUCAUACAGUGUGUUAUGAGCAUCUAAACCAAAAGGCAGGAAGCUGUGGAUGAUCAUGAUUAACAUUCCAGUUUGUGUUUUCCUUUGCCAAAUCUUACGACGAUCGUGUAUUUCAAUAUUGGAAAUUGCGUAUUUUAUGAAGGUAUCGCUUUACACACUUGCUUUUUUUUUUCAAUUUGACAAUGACUAUAGAUGACUCACAUACUGUUGUCUUUAACUUUCAACCUGUGACUAUUAAAGAAGUUUUUAUUUUCAUAAACUUGCAAUUCACUAUGUAUAACAAAUUAUGCAGUAAGUUUUUCUGGAGUUCGGCUUACCUUUUUCUGUCUUAAACAGUAUCUUGUAUAACAUAAGAUGAUGCAUAUUCUUUUGUCUUUGACAGCAUAAGACACCUACAAACUUAAAAGAGCUUUUGAAAUGAUCAUCUUAUACUGGUCUGUUAGAACAUCAGUCAGUUUAAAGUUAGUUACUGUGACAGCUAGCUGUUCUCAAGGUGAAGUCUGUGACACCACGCACUGAGUGUAAGACCAUCUGGUAGACCUUCAGGGAUGCAGCAAAACACAGCAGAGAGCUCUUCCAGCAGAGUGCUGUCCUACAGGGGUCUCGUUCCAGUAAGAUUCUUGCUCUGUUUGUGUCACUGCAUAAAACACUUUUAAGCAUA